GAGCCUGGGUGCUGCCCCAGUCAAUCCCGGCUUUGCCUCCACCCCGUGGUGGCGGAGACGCGGAGGGCGGGUCGCGCUGCAGGGUCCAGGAGGAGUGCGACCCGGCCCGGGUCCAGGGCCCUCCCCACCCGCCUGGCGGCCAGAACUCCAGCCCUGGGGAGUGGGCAGGGCCUGUUUUCUGUGCCUCACGCCCUGCUUUUCGCCUCCCUUAGCGCUGUCUGUUAGCUGCUUUUCCUGCUUUCUCUCCUGGGAGGCGAAUCCUUGAGCCCGAGAUGGCAGCCACCCUGCUCAUGGCUGGGUCCCAGAUCAGACUUGAUACCUUUUACCUCCUCAACGUUUCUAGACAUGUCUCUCAUUUUCAAGAAGAAAAGUUGGUACCAACCUCCUAGAUACAAGUAAUAAGGAGGCAUUGUGUGAUUUCAGGCACCUGUGACAUUUGAAGAUAUGGCAAUGUACCUCACUCGGGAAGAAUGGAGACCUCUGGACCCUACACAAAGGGACCUUUACAGGGAUGUUAUGCAGGAGAAUUAUGGAAAUGUUGUCUCAUUAGAUUUUGAAAUCAGGAGUGAGAAUGAGGUGAAUCCAAAGCAAGAGAUUAGUGAAGAUGUAGAAUUUGGGACUGCAUCCGAAAGACCUGCUGGGAGUACUAGAGAGGAAAAUCCUGAAAGUGAAGACACCUUUGAAGGCAGGGAUAGAUCAGAAAGACAGUGGGGAGAUUUAACAGCAGAAGAGUGGGUAAGCUAUCCUCUGCAACAAGUCACUGAUCUGCUUGUCCACAAAGAAGUCCACACAGGUAUCCAAUAUCAUAUAUGUUCUCACUGUGGAAAAGCCUUCAGUCAGAUCUCAGACCUUAAUCGACAUCAGAAAACCCACACUGGAGACAGACCCUAUAAGUGUUAUGAAUGUGGAAAGGGCUUUAGUCGGAGCUCACACCUUAUUCAGCAUCAAAGAACACACACUGGGGAGAGACCCUAUGACUGUAAUGAGUGUGGGAAAAGUUUUGGAAGAAGCUCCCACCUCAUUCAGCACCAGACAAUCCACACUGGAGAAAAGCCUCACAAAUGUAAUGAGUGUGGGAAAAGUUUCUGCCGGCUCUCUCAUCUAAUUCAGCACCAAAGGACCCACAGUGGGGAAAAACCAUAUGAAUGUGAGGAGUGUGGGAAAAGCUUCAGCCGGAGCUCUCAUCUAGCUCAGCACCAGAGGACCCACACAGGUGAGAAACCUUAUGAGUGUAACGAAUGUGGGCGAGGCUUCAGUGAGAGGUCUGACCUCAUCAAACACUAUCGAGUCCAUACUGGGGAGAGGCCCUACAAGUGUGAUGAGUGUGGGAAGAAUUUCAGCCAGAACUCUGAUCUUGUGCGCCAUCGCAGAGCCCACACAGGAGAAAAACCUUACCAUUGUAAUGAAUGUGGGGAGAAUUUCAGCCGCAUCUCACACUUGGUUCAGCAUCAGAGAACCCACACUGGGGAAAAGCCUUAUGAAUGUAAUGCAUGCGGGAAAAGCUUCAGUCGGAGUUCUCAUCUCAUCACGCACCAGAAAAUUCACACUGGAGAGAAGCCCUAUGAGUGCAAUGAGUGUUGGCGAAGCUUUGGUGAAAGGUCAGAUCUAAUUAAGCACCAGAGAACCCACACUGGUGAGAAGCCCUAUGAGUGUGUGCAGUGUGGGAAAGGUUUCACCCAGAGCUCCAACCUCAUCACACAUCAAAGAGUUCAUACAGGAGAGAAACCUUACGAAUGUACUGAAUGCCAGAAGAGUUUCAGCCGGAGCUCAGCUCUUAUUAAACACAAGAGAGUUCAUACCGACUAAGUCCUAUAAUGAUGACUGAAAAAUGUUUCAUUUAAGGUACCAUUUUCUUUGCUAUCAAAGAGCUCUUUCAAGACUGAGCUGCUUUUACUGUACUGCAUUUCCUUGUUGUGGGCCACACUUUAAAACAUCAAAGACUAGCCAUUUGAAAUUCUAACCCACAGCUUUGGGAAUGUUAUCCCCAUCUCCACAGUAGUGAUUUUUAUUCACUCAAUACUAAUUAACUACUUUAUCAGAAUCAGUCCCAUUAGUAACUGGAAAUCUGAAGACCAAGGGAUAAAUGCUGGUAAAUGCUCAGGCCUGGAAAUGGAAUAAAUCUUUAGAAGUUGUUUUCUCCCAUCCUUGGCCCAAACAACUAUGCUAGGGAAAAUGUUAGACUGUAAUAGGGUGUUAACAGCUGCUUUGGAAAAAGACAACCAGAGACUUUGCCUGAAUUGUCACCAUAGCUGGGCACACACAUCUUCCCCUUCAAAGGGCUUUGUCUUGAGUUGCUCAUGCAUUUUUAUCCUGCCAUCUUCCUAAGAGCAGAGACUACGCAAUGAAGGCAAUGAUCAUAACUUUUCUUCUUAUUGUUUCUAAUUUAAUUUUUUAAAGCUUGCAUCUUUGUGAAAGUUAUCUGAAGAUACAGAUUGAAAGGAAAAAUGAGACACAGGUUUGGGGACCAAGGACUCUUUGACAGUGGUGACUAGCAAGAGAUACCCACUGUAGUUUUGCCAUUCAUCAGAAUUUAUUGAUUUUCUUUGGCAAUCACUAUAGGGAAAAUAUCUUCAAAGGUAGGACCAUAAGAGAUGGAGUGUAAGGAGUAAGUGGAAUUGACCACUUUGGGAAGGAAGCACAGAGUUCCUUCUCAAGAAAUACAAAUUUCUGUUUUCUUUCAGCUCUACCCUUUUAGAUCAGUUCUCCCUAUACUACUAACUGUAGGAUUUGAUAAGGGCCACAUCCCAGUGUUUAUCUUAGCUUGCAUAAGAGCAUGUGUAUGUACAGUAAAAUGUGUAUUCCUAUGGUUUUUCCAAUAGAAGAAACUGAAUUCACACAGAGUUAGCAUGUUCUUGGGUGAUGUUGAUCAUGUGUCCGAACUACAGACUCCAGUGGGAGAAAUGUCCUUUUUUUCAUUCUUUAAAUGUAAAAAAUUUAAACACUAGUGCUCCAGUUUGCACUCUUCUGUAAGCUCUGUCUUUGUACAGAACUAAACACUUCUUUAUGUGUAUCAAUCAAUUGUGGGAGAUAGUGACUGGACAAAUAGGUUGAUUGUCCUGUUUUCCAGCUGAAUUAUCUUCUCUUUGGCCUAGUUACAAGAAAUUACUAAAUCUAGAUAGGAAUGUAUUUCCAUCCUCCCAGCCUACAGAUACAAGUGGCUAAAAUAAGAGUCAACCAGUUUAAGCCCAGUAGUGUCAGUUUUCUUUAUCUCAGUCUAGAUAGGAAUUGAGAAAUAUCCCAAGUGUUCAAAUGUUGAUAUUUUUCUAAGCAUUUGGGAGGCGUGGGGCAUGGAUACCCAGAAGAUGGGACUGGAAUAGGAAUAUAUAUAUACACAUAUAUAUAUUUUUAAGAGUGCCUCAAGUUAUUUCUACUGUGCUUUAUUGUGAAUGUUGUAACAUUUAAAAAACACUUUUGCUGUAGCUCUUUGGAACUUGGUACUAAAGGAACUAGUGAUCUCCCUUGAGUAGUGUAUUACAAAGAGUUAACAUGACCCACCAAUGUGUGGAACCUCAUCCCUUGCAAAUGACGUAAUCUUAAAAGUAACAAAGAAAACCCACUGCACCAACGAGGUUUCUUUAUGUUGUCACUCCUACUUAAAUACAAACUCGGGCAGGGAGCAUGUUUUUAGUUCUAUAUAAAAUCCAUCAAACUAGGUAAUCAUAUUUUAAUUAUUGAAUGACUUACAUGUUCUUGAAGACUAAAUUCAAUCAUGUAUUUUCCCACAUCAGUGUUGCUGAUGGUUCUAGUGAAUAUCAAAGUGCUGUUUUUGUGUCACUUGAGGCAUCAGCCUUGGAGUGACCAUAGAAGACAGCAUCUCUAUGACCUAAUUGUACGCUGAUGUCUUUCUUUCCCUACACUGCUGCCCCACCCCAUCCAUUUCUGCUGCUGACUCUGACUUCUAAAUCCACCAGUCCUCCUCCAUACAUGUACACUCCAGCUGGGAAGUGAAAAGGGCAGGGGCUAGACCGCUCUAUGGCCUCUCUUUCUGCCAGUUGCUGCCCAUUUGCUGUAUUGAACUUUGUGUAGAAAAUUGUACAUUGGACUCUUUUUUGCUAAUGCUUUCUGCAUGCCUUCUGCUCCCAAGUCUGGCUGCUUCUGCACAUACCCUAACACUGUGCCUGUUUUCUAUGGUUGUGGAGAGUGAGUGAACAAGUAAGUACCAGUUUUCCUUAUGAUAUUGGCCAGUUUUCCUAGUGUCUGUCUAAUCUGUAUUCUAACUAUUCUACAAUUAAAAGUAUAAUUUUUAAAAUCAGAAAACUGAGAAUUGUUUUAGUAAUCCAGCACCAGUACAUAAAAUGGCUUUGUAUUGGGCAUAGUUAUCUUUACACUGAUAUAUUUGUCCAGAUAUUCUUGUAGAGAUUUGGGUGUACAGUGUCUUCACACAUUAGUGAUCUCUAUGGUUAUUGUCAUGCUUUGUGAAGAUGCGAACAGUUGUACGGUUUUCUAUGAAGUUUUCUAAGUUAGUUUGUUUGCUUGUGUGAAAGACAUGGAACUACUUGGUAUGGAUGACUCAUUAGCUUUAGAGAAAAAAAGUCCAAAAGGGAAAAUGAGAGGAGACUGUUUAUUUAAGGAGAUAUUUUGGUGUAUCUGUUAAGAAUAUUAAAACAGUUUCUACUGAAUUAGUAUGGACCCCAGAACAGACGGACCCCUAGAAAUGUCAGAGGUUCUCUAUUCAUGGCAUAGCUACACAGUCUGCCUGAGGAAGUGGUUAUGUCUUACUAGGGUGGGGCCACAAUUCUCAAAUUACGUACAAGUAAUAUUCUCUGAUGAAUCUUUUUUUUUAAGGAGGGCCAGUCUAGGCAGAGGUAGGGAGUGGUAGUGCUUUAAACUAAGAAAAAAAAAAAUAACAUAAAAGAAAAAUGUGAGAACCCUUUUAGCCAAGAUAUGGAAAGAAAAAGGGCUUAUCAAAACACUUGUCAAAGCUCUCUCUACGUGUUCCGCAUUUCCUAUCUCUUCAAGGAAAGUUAAAGGAAGAUGUCAGUUCAUCUGGAGAAAGGUAGCUAAGAGCCUCCCCUCAAAGGGUAUUUGACGUAUUAAAACUCACUAUCAUUGUUAUGGAAUGGUGUGAACUGUUAAGAGGCUAGCAGCUUAGGGGUGCCAUUAGGAUCCCACUGAAUGUACAGAAAUGGUAACUUGUUAAAUGACUCCAUUUAAUAAGUGUUUCAAAAGUUAGUGUUUCUUGAAAAGGAGUGCCUAUACCCUCAGAGUAAUAGACUGAAGUAUUGGUUAGACACCCACCCUUGCAGUGAAGUAGCAGACUUGGUCCCUGCUGACCCACAGUGUGGGGCCUCCCUGGUGGGGCAGGGGCUUGAUCUCAGCACUAUCAAGCUAUUGCCAGUCACUGUG